AUGGUGAAGUUUAAAAUGGACCCUAAUUUUGACCGAGUCAAGCAUGCGUACAAAUGUUUGGUGGAUGAGAUUGAGAGACUCUCAGAGGGCGUGUUCCUAUGGGCUCGUUUAGUAGUGCGCUCAUUUCUAAAGGGUAUAGGCUAUCGAGUCACACCUGAAUAUCUCAUCCAAACGCUAUACACGGUUCCUAAGGAACUGAACCAGCUAUUCGACCAAAUGCUAGGCUCUGUGGACCCUGAGGAUGGAUAUCAGACCAAGCUAUUCCUCAUCGCAACCUUAGCUCAGCAGCCUGUUUUGAAAGCUUCACCGCUCAAGAAUGCUCUGCUAUACCUAUGGCUGGACGACAAGGAAUUCCCUCUAGAUCGACCUAUGCGUGCAUAUUCAGACUCCAAUAUCGACGAGCGGAUCCGAGACGUAACAUGCCUUAUUGACCGUCUAUCACGACGUCUGCUAGAAAUCAUACGACAACCACAUCAACAGGAUAAACACUUUGCAUUCAGAAUACGAUUCAUUCAUCGCACAGAAUAUUUCUACAUUCUCAACACCCAACUACCGCAUAUGCAAAAGCACACAACAGAAUUGAACCUAAAUCUCGCCACAAUCAGACUAUCUACUCGCUCAGUUCAAGCAUGCGCGCGCAAGACCCGCGGAUCUGGUGUUAUCACCCAGGGGUACUGCUAUGCGAGCUGA